UUCCGCUUUACAAUUUACCGCCAAAUAUUACACUAUUUAUUUACCAAAUAUUGGAUCAGUGGUAAACAAGAUAUAAACGACAAGGAUGAAGAGAACUGUAGACGGCAAAACCAAAAUGAAUGGAGAUUAUUCUGGGAUGAAUGGUGACAGCAAACAAAAGAAUGGUCAUCUGUAUCUAGCUGGGUAUGACACUUAUGAAGAAAUUGAUAAAAUAGCAAAAGACAUCCUGAAGCGAGUAAGAUGUCGACCACAACUUGGAAUUAUCUGUGGUUCAGGACUUGGUGGGUUAGCAGAUUUAGUGGAGGAAAAAGAAACAAUUAGUUAUUUUGAUAUAGAAGGAUUUCCUGUUAGUACAGUACCUGGACACCAAGGCCAAUUUGUGUUUGGUAAAUUACGUAAUAAACCGGUGAUAAUAAUGCAGGGACGAGUACAUGUAUAUGAGGGAUAUCCAUUGCACAAGGUUACUUUACCAAUAAAGAUAUUGAAACUGAUGGGUGUAACAACGUUAUUUAUAACAAAUGCUGCCGGUGGUAUUAACAGAGACUAUAACGUAGGGGACAUUAUGAUUAUGAAGGACCAUUUUAAUAUUCCAGGAUUCUCAGGUUUAAAUCCACUAAUAGGACCAAAUGAUGACCGAUUUGGACCAAGAUUUCCAGCAUUAUCAAAUGCUUAUGAUUUCAAUCUGCGUAAUCUGGCUAAGAAAUGUGUCAAAGAACUAGGUUAUACUGAUUUCUGUAGGGAAGGAGUCUACUCUAUGUUAACGGGACCAUCUUACGAGACUGUCACAGAAUGUAAAUUUCUUCUCCAAUGUGGGGUUGAUGCUACUGGUAUGAGUACAGUACCUGAAGCCAUCGUGGCAGUGUAUUGUGGCAUGAAAGUGUUUGGAUUAUCUCUGAUUACAAAUAGCUGUAUUAUGGAGUAUGACUGUAAAACCUGUGCAAAUCAUGAAGAAGUUCUAGAGACGGCAAAAAUGAGAAGUAAAGACGUACAGACUCUUAUUUCAAAAAUGGUGGCAGAGGUUGAAGUGUAACAGCCAAUUACAAUUCAUAUGUUGUUUAUAUCUUUGUUGAUUGUUUUUCUUGUUAAAAUUUAUUGUUAUACAAUAAGGGACUGAUGUAUUGAGAGAAUAAAUCCUUGAAAAUGUCUUCCCUGAAGAGGAAAUAGAAUCCAGGAGUCGGUUUCACAAAAAACUUACUAAGAUUUUUAUCGUCAGUAUACUAAUUUUCCAUGACUAAUGACUAAUCUAAAUUGUAAUAUUUUUUGUGGAACCUUCUGCAGUAGUUUUAAUGAGAUUAUUUCACUCAGUUACUGGUUUUCAUGGUUUUAAUAGAAUCUCAGAUGUUUUUGUUUAAUAAGCUAGAUAAUAGUAGAUUGUAAAAAAUACUAUCAGUAGGUUUGACCAUGUUAUGGGUGGAUUUAUGGAACUGCAUAAACUCAUUUUCAUCCAAAAGGGGAGAUUUUUCUAGUAUUUUAGAUUAUGCAUCAAUUUCUUGUGCUUUAUUUUCUGUUUUGAUGUUAAUAAAAAGAUGUUCAAGGGAGACAAUUGCCUGUGUAAAAAAAGGUGCAAGAUUACUUCCCUUUAAAUUUAUGGUUAAUUUCUGAUUUAAAGUAAAGUUAACAGACAUUUACUCUAAAAAUUUCUAUGGAUUUUUUUUUACAAAUUUAUAAAAAAUAAUAUGAUAAUAUUUAAUGAGUUUCUGUUAAAUUGUCUAUGUUUAAAAACAGAAUUUGAGCUGAUAUACUGAAAUAAGCUGACUUUAGUUGUAUAUCAAAUGGCUGUGAGUUUAUUUGUAUAUGGCAUAAUAAUUUUAUAUUUCUUAUGUCUUUCGUACUGAAUCUCUCUAUAUGUUAAUACUGUGGUUCUAAUGUUGUGAAGUUUAAGAGGGUUUUCAGAUGACACCUUUUCAUUUAAAUAAUGUUGGUGUAGAAUGAAGCCUCUUUAAAUUUUGUAAAUAUUUUGUGUGAUAUUUGUUUUGUAUAGUAUUUUAAGACUGUAAUUUAUUGUUAUAUGAAUGAAUGAAUUAAAAAAUGGUUAAUGAAUCGUGUUUAUAAGUUUAAUGAUCAUGAAUAUGUUAUCCAUACUGUCAAAUCUGCUAAAAAACAGCAUUUUAGAACAAAUAAAUGAAAGAACUUCAGAUAUCUUUCGGAUAACUUAAAUUUCUGUGCACUUUACUGAAACAGUAUUGGAUUUAUAGUUCAAUAUUCACAUAUAUUGGAAAUAUUAAAGAGAUUACCCAACAUUAGAAACCAAAAUGUAUAGUACAAAAACAGAAGAAAAAGAAGUUAUGUUGAAAUUUUUAUUUCAAUUUUUUGUACAUUAUUCACUGUAAAUAAAAAUUAGAUCCCACGCACAUGCAUCAUAGUAAAAUCAGUGCCCGGCACGUUAUCAUCAGUAUGUUGAUGGAGUGCUGAAUUAUAAAGAAGAAGAAAUGUUUUACAAAAAUUGUUUAUGGAAUGGUUACUAUAAUAAUGAAUUGAUUUUGAAUGCUUAAAUUAAUUACUUAGUGCUCUGUAUGUAAAUAUCGUAUGAUAUAUUUCUAGUAGUUUGAGGAGGUUCUAUGUGCUUAUUAAAAUUUGUUAAAUGUUUUUUAUUCGUCUAUUGAAGUUGUAAAAAUCCUUGCAGUUAACCAAAAUUUAAGUAAAACAAAAAUCAAUUAAAAACAAUCAACCUUUUUUGAUUCAAGUACAAAAGUUAUAUUUUAUUUUCAUAUUUUAUAUUAUCACUAUCUGAUAUUUAUUUGUUAAAAAAGGCAGCUAUGUUUCUAUGAAAUGAAUUUUAAAAAAUAAACCAUUCAUAAAUUCUUCUUUCACUUUUAUACUUGAAAUGGUCUAUUGAAAUUUUAGGUCCAAAAUAUGCUUUUAUUGACAUUUUACUUUCAGUGUCCUGGGUAAGGAUACAGAACAAGAAAUUGUUCUGUUUUCAAAUAUUUUUUUAUAACUUUUCUUUGGAAAUAUCUUUAUUGCAUAACCACUUAAUUACCGGUAAGAUACACUUUCAUUCAACAAAGAUCUUGCAUGCAUUGUAAAAGAUUAACAACUAGUAGCUACUAGUUUGAAAACAAAAGAGAUAGAAUUUAUACAUUUAAAAUUUUAAAUUGCAUUUUUGAUGAAUCUCAUAUAUAUAUUGGUAGAGGCCAAAAAAGAUGUAAUUAGUUUUCUUGCACUCCUACCUUAUUUUUUUUUCCUUUCCAUUAUAUCUAUAGAAAGUAUCUGAACAAAGAAUGUUGUGUUGUGAAUCUCAAAUAGUACAGGAAAUUAAUACUUUAUUUUUAGAGAUUAUUUUUAUAUUUAUUUUAGUUAUUAUAUUUAUUCGCUGUCGAAAUGGAAACUCAAGGUCAUCAAUUAAUUUUAUUUUGACACCAGUUUAAGAAUUAAAAGUAUUUUAACACAACAAUGAUAGUAUACUGUUAUUUAUUUCGAGUUUCUUUGACAAAAUGGCAGUGUCUUCCUGUAUAUGGGACCUUGGUAACACUCAAUAAAAGACCAAAGUCACAUGAAAAGAUUUCUUGACCAUUGUUAGACAUACAAGUCUCAUGACUGUUUUUUAAAUAAUAUUCUACAAAUGUGAAAAUACAGGCAUAUUUUGCAACUGCCUUAAAUACACCGGUUAAUAUAUGAUUGUUUAUAUUGAGUGUUGUUGCCAUAAGCUAUGCUAAUAACAAACAUGCAAUUUAUAUAUUUUUGAAUCUUGAUGUUUAUAUUUUUUCCCGGUGAUGAAGAUCUCAUGAAGAAAUAUAUAUGACAUUAUAAAUAAAACAAUUUGUAUUGCCAUGACCAAUGGUUAUUAAAUUCUUACACAAUGAUUAUUACCACAAAAAACAUAGAUUAAAUGUGAAUUUGGGUGCGGUUGCUAAGUUUCACUGUUCUUGAGUAAUGUCCCUUUAUAAAUAGAAUAAUAGCUGAAUUUACUGUUUCCUCAUUCUAAACUUUACUUUACUUUAAUCUGAAACUUAUAUACAAUGCUGACUGCCACCAAACACAGACCAUUUGAUGAUUUUUGGAAUAAAGUACAAAUAUUUUACCAUUUGAUGCUCAAUACAUGUAUAAUGGUGUAUUGUUAUUGUUUACUCGUUUAUAGUGCAUAACUUGUUGACAUUAAAUAUUGUUUUAUGUUUUUAUAUUGUUACUUUCCCCAAUCAUUUGGUUGGUCAUAUCUCAGUUAGUGAAGCCAGAUUUAUUUUGUUUAUUAAUAUUAUUUUAUGUGUGCAUGCCUUUAUUUUAAACACACAACUUUUGUUUAUUUUGUGUCCUCUGUAGCAUACAAAAUGAGUCAAUCUUAUGUUUUCAGAAAAAACUGGAUCUUAAAUACAAAAUUAUGUCUGAAGAAUGUAGAAAUAGUCUUUGUGAUAAACUUGGUUUACAAAUAUGAGUUUAGGGCCCCUAAGGGGGUAGACCUGGGUUAACAGCAUUUUGUGGGAGGUAGGCAUUGUGAAAUAUAGACACUUGCAGUUCGUUGUGAACCAAGGCUGUUUUGAAGACUGUACCUUGACCUAUAAGGAUUACUUUUACAAAUUGUUACUGCGAUGGAGAGUUGUCUCAUUAGCACUCAUACCAUAUCUUCUUAUAUUUACUUAAUCUUACUUUACUAUCAUUUACUGGAAAUAUAAUUUCUCUUUAUAUUUGAACUCAGAAGAAUAUCAAUAAAGAAAUUGGUCUUUAUAGUCAAUUUACAAUUUAAAUGCUCAUUCCUUAAUUCUCUUAUCAUUAUUUAUUUAUAAGCAUACAUUUUUAUACCUAAAUUCAUCUGUAAUUAGGCUUUACCAUUUGCUAACAAAGAAUUUAAAUGAUAGUUCUUUUUUGAACUGCUUAUUUAAUGUAUUUAGAACAAUGUGUGCUUAAUUCAGAUUGCUGUGUAUUUAUAUCUUGAGUACAAUGAUUGUAUAUUAUUUUCUAUUGUUCACAUGCUAUUUUUAUGAUUUGAUUAUAAAGCUAAGAACAGACUUUUCUACAUGUUGAUUAUGUAUAAGUAUUAUCUCUUUGGUGAAUCUUUUUAAAAAUUACUUAAAUAUUUGACAUAAAGGUAGGUUAGGUGUUGAUACCCUGAAUGUAAUCUGGAGCUUUCUAAUGUACUAAAUAUUCCAAAAUAGUCAUUGCAUAAGGAAAGUAAAGCUUGAUAUUUAUAAUACUAUCAAGUAUACUAAAAAAACAUCUAUCAUUUUAUUCAAUGACUGUAAUGUGUAGAAAUAUAUUAGAAUUUGAAAGCAGGUUGAAAUUUCAAUAUUGUAGGUGUUUCGAAAUACAUCAUAUGAUAAUACCUCAAUGGGGACAUUUUGAUUGUAUCAAAGAAGAUAUCUUAAUGCAUAUCAAGAUACAGAGGGUUAAUCGUGGUAUAUAAUUGGUUAUUUAAGCUUAAUGUGUAGGCAAUUGAAAGAUUUGUUGUUGAGAUUUGAUAAAUAAAGGACAUGCAUCAUA